GGCAAACCCCAAGAAACCCCAACCGGCCACCCCCACCUCCCCCGUCCCGACCCCGAGACAAAACCGCAAACACCACACCAUGCCCCCCUGCCACCGCCGCUGCUGACCACCCAGCCGUCCGCGCCGCGACCACCCCUGGUCAACACCCAUCUCGCCGGAAGGAACAUACGAGGCAAGAUGGACCCGGCCCAGGAGGAGCUCGAGCGCCGCAGCCGCUACCUCAGCUCGCUCGUCCGCCGCACCAGGCUCCACGACCCGCCCCAGCCCGAGCCCGAGCCGGAGCCAGAGCUCAAGGUGGAGCGGAAGCCGGCGGCGGAGCCCAGCGGCGGGGAGGGCAAGGCCGUCAAGGCGGAGGCCAAGGACAACAGGGAGGCCAAGGUCAAAGGGGGCGCCGCGAGCGGGGAGGGGAGGAAGGUGGCGGUGCGGGUGCGCGCGGCGGACAUGCCACUGCCGCUGCAGCGGCGCGCGAUCUGGAUCGCCCGCGAGGUCGUCCUCUCCACGCCCCGCCUCGAGAGCAAGCGCCUCGCGCUCGCGCUCAAGAAGGAAUUCGACACGACAUACGGGCCUGCUUGGCACUGCAUCGUCGGCACAAGCUUUGGCUCCUACGUCACUCACUCCCUAGGAGGUUUCCUGUAUUUCUCUGUCGACAAGGCGUACAUUCUUCUCUUCAGAACCGCCGUCGAGCCACUGAGCCACCCGUGAUGAGGCCUGGAACCUAUCUUCUUGCACACAAGUGUAGAUUUAGCGCAAAUGUGUAAUUUAAACAGCUGUUUUAGGUGCUCGGCCGCAGUAAGUGUAAGCAGUCGAGAAGGAUCGCCUCUCCGGAUACAGAAAUGUAAAACAAGCAUGGCUCUAUGACCUUUUAAGUAUCUAGGCGAGCCGCUGCUGUGUAGUCUUUUCUGUGCUGCUGAGUACUGCUGACCUGCAAAGCUAUCUGAUCUCAUUUUACAUC